UAGUCGACGACGAUCUGCUACUUGCUUCUUCGACGACGAUUUGCUACUUGCUUCUCCGACGACAACCUGCUUCUCCUCCAGACGACGACGACGAUGUGCUUCCCCAGAGAACGACGACGACCUACUUCCCCAUCCGAAAUUGUUGGAUGCAUUAGAUGCUCUGAAUAAUCAAGAUAUAGAUGUUGUCCUUAGACGAGGAAGGCUCCCCACAUGUAUAUUUUGCGAAGUACCGUUUUGGACUAGGAAGGAAUAUGGGAAGCAGCUCAAAGAGCUAAUAUGUUACAUAAACAUAUGUGUUGAAGCACCGGAGACUAUAAUGUCUUCUUUCUUACGUGAGUUGGAAAAUGUCAAAGAUAGAGACAAAUUCAAGACCUUGUGUGGAAAUCCUGAUAUCAUAACAUCUGAAGAAAAGAUACAACUGAUUAUCGAUCUAUCUAGUUUACUUGAAGAUCGACGUAACAUAGACAAGUUUAUGGAUGAUCUUGGUGUGUUCGGGAUAUGGAAACAAUAAACCAAAAUGAUAGUUGCCUUGAAUACCUCGAUUAUUUGGUUAAUGUCUUUGCUCAACAGCAGAAGGUGACCCAAGGGGAAGGUGAUAAGAAAGUGGUCGCCGAAAUUGAUAAGAAGAAGUUGGCGUCCCGGGUUCGUUUCCUUCGCAACGCAUACGUCCAUCAUGUGCGGCUUAUUCUAUUGCACAAAGCAGUGGCUUUGGGAUUUAGAAACGAGUCGGAAUUGCAAUUGAUGUUUGAGCACCACUUUCCUGGACAUAUUAGGAAGCUAAAAGGGAUUUAUAAACAGUUGAAGGAGGAAUUUGAAAGAAAUACAUUCUAUUUUGAGCCGACGUACAUCGAAUCUGAAGUUGCUUGUUCACUGCCAAUACAAGAAUUGUUCACAUCAAAUUUUCUGAAGAUGUGCAAGCAUUCAAAAGAGGGGGGUUGAUCCUCAAACAAGCCACAAUGACCAAUCAGCCAUCCUCAUUCUCAGACAUCAAAAAAUCAGAAAGGGUGAAUCUUUUGGAGAUGCAAAGCCUAUGGAAGAUAAUUUGCUCGUGAAAGUGGGACAAACAUCGGAUAUCAAAAAACUGGGAAGAGUGAAUCCUUUCGGAGAAGCCAAGCCUAGGGAAGAAAAUCUUGCAGCUAAAGUGAUGUCUGUUGGACAAACCAAGCCUGGGGAAGAAAAUCAAAUCCACCUUGAGAGGACACCGUCAAGUGAUUGAAAAAUGCGGAACCUUGGAUAUUUUGCAUGUGAUAUGCCUACAGUUUAUCCCGGGCGACCUCUCACUUGGUUUGAAAGAUGGCUGAGAAAACGUGUCGAUGCAUUAGAAGGAGGAGGAAAUCAAAACAGUGGUGAGCAACCGAUCGAGCUAGUGGUCACCUACAAGAUGCGGAAUAAGUUUAUUCUAUUUACAUGAAAGCUGACCUUAGGCUACUAUCGUUGCCGUUGGCCGUAUUUCACGGCAUCGUGACACGCCUCAAUAAACUUAUUCUGCAUCUUGUAGGUGACCACUAGCUCGAUCGGUUAUUCACCACUGUUUUGAUUUCCUCCUCCUUCUAAUGCAUCGACUCGUUUUCCCAGACAUCUUUCAAACCAAGUGAAAGGUCGUCCGGGGGUAAACUGUAGGCAUAUCACAUGCAAAAUAUCCAAGGUUCCGCGUUUUCCAAUCACUUGACGGUGUCCUCUCAAGCAGAUUUUCUUCCCCAGGCUUGGUUUGUUCAAAAGACAUCACUUUGGCUGCAAGAUUUUCUUCCCUAGGCUUGCUUCUCCGAAAGGAUUCACCCUUCCCGGUUUUUUGAUAUCCGAUGUUUGUCCCACUCUCACGAGCAAGUUAUCUUCCCUAGGCUUUGCAUCUCCAAAUGGAUUCACCCUUCCUGAUUUUUUGAUGUCUGAGAAUGAUGGCCGAUUGGUCAUUGUGGCUUGUUUGAGGAUCAACUCGCCCUCUUUUGAAUGCUUGCACAUCUGCAAAAAAUUUGAUGUGACCAAUACAUUCUAUUUUGAGCCAUGUGUAAGCAUUCAAAAGAGGGCGAGUUGAUCCUCAAACAAGCCCUGUUGUUCUUCUCCAAAAUUGAAGGCCAAGACAUGAGAAUCUUGAAAAAAUGCAAGAAGAAAGGUUGGUCAACGCAAGGAGUGUUAUGUUUUGAUCCGAAGAAAGUGUCACCUUGUGUGGCUUUGUGAUUCUUAGCAAAUUGGGGGUUUUCUACUUAGUCUCUUUAAAAUGCAAGCUACCAUGUGUUUUCAAAAAAAAAAGAGGCCCUAAUUUGAGUUAUAUAUUUCAAGUUUGAAAUUUUAUGUAUGUGUUGAAGUGGAUGUGUUUAGUGUUUGAUGUACGGUGAUGGAGUGCAUGUCUAUGAAAAUUUGUGGUCUUAAUAUAAUGACGAUGUAGUUCCAUUUUGUCGAUUA